AUGAAGGUUUUUAAUAUCUGCUUUUAUUUAUUAAUUUUAAAAUUAUAUAUGUGUCAAAAAAAUGAAAAUUUAAUAAAUAAUUCUGAUAGUACUACAUAUAUAAAUCCACAAAAACAUAAUUUAAGAAAUGGGUAUGCAGAUAAUAAUCCUUUAAUUCAGGUUCUUAAUGAAUCAAUAAGAAAUGGAAAUUUACAAACUUUACAUAAUCCUAAUAAGCUUGAGAAAAGUCAAGGACCUUCGAAUCUUGAUGAAAAUUUUAAAUUUCAAGAUUUUGUUGAAUUUACGCAAGGGCAAGAUGACACACUGGAUUCUGAGGAUCCCUCUGAAGAUCUAGUAAUAAAAAGAGAUGGAGAAUUAACUAUUCAAACAGUUAGAACCACACAUGUAUCAGAUAGCAGAGACAGUAAAGCUGAAGAGCAAAAAUUAGGAGAAUCUAGUGUUGAGGGAAAAGAAAAAUCACAAGAUUUAACCAUUUCAUCAAUGUUAGAAUCAUUAGGAUUAGAUUCAUCAGAAUCCCUAGUUUCAAAAGGAAUAGAAUCUAUAGCAGGUGUGGCAAAUACACUAGUAUCAUUAAUUCCAAAAGUACCCGAAACAGUUGAUGAAACUCAAACCUUAAAUAGAUCGGAUUGUGUUACUAAUUCCGUUUCCUUAGAUUCAGGAGGCCCAGUAAGUGAAGAGACAGUUGCAUCUUCUUUAUCAUUGGAUAACAAGACAGUAACAGAAGGAACAAAUGCUCAAGGAAAUAUGCCUGGAGUAACAAAUAGUGGCAGAGAAGUAGCAGCUGGUUCUCCAGACGAAACGGAACAUAAAGAAAGUGCUAUAUUAACGAAAGAAGACAAAACUGGAAGAACAGAGAGUCCCCAAUCUAGAGAUGCAGAGAGGGAUGUCAGUGGUGAAGAUCCAAGUCAUUUAGGAAGGAAAGAAGUAGAUGACGCAUUAGAUGCACAUAGAAAAGAAGAUCAAGGAAAAUUAGAUACAGAUGUACUAACUAAUCAACAAGAAACAUCACCAUCAUCGGCACAAUCACAACAAGAAUCACAGCAAUUACAACCAGAACAAGCAAAAGAACAAUCGCAACCAAAACCACAAGAGCUUCAUCAAAAUAUCACAGAAGUAGAAUCUGGUGGAGCUAGUGUUAGCCAUAGCAAUGGAAAAGGUCAACCACCAACAGGAAGUAGAGAUACGAAAUUAGAAGAUUCUGCAGAAAAGGAUAGAAGAACAGAGGCUUUUUCUAAAGGAGGAAAUGGUGAAAAUGAUGCAGAGAUAUUACAAGUGAAUACAAUACCACUAGAAUCUAACAUCCAAGCAAGCCAAAGAGAUCCACAAUCAGCAUCACAAGAUACGUUAAAUUUAGAAAACGUUACUGUGAAUCAAAAUCCAGUAGUUGAAAAAGUAGGUGAUUCUCAAGGGGAAGGUAGUAAUCCCCAAUUAAAUCCACAACAAAGUGUUUCAGAAAAAUCAAAAGAAUUGGAACAUUCACAAGGACAAAAAAUUUCAUUAGAAUUAGCAGAGGAAAUGGUAUCAAGAGGUCAAGUAAACCAAAGCGAAGGUGCAACAAAUACUAAUAUAGACAAAGAAAUUCUUCCAAAAGAUGCGAACCCUACAAGAAAAGAAAGUCUUUCAAUAAAAACAGAUCUGCAAGUAGAAACGAAGCAAUUGGAUGGAGAAAAGCAAGAAACAAGUGAUAUAAAUUCAGAAUCAGAAAUACAGCCGAAAACAUCACCAAAUAUUACAGUUACAACAAAAGUACUUGAAAGGGAACAAGACGAUAAAAGUGGAAGAAGGGAAGAUGAAACAAGAAUAAUAACUGUUGUAGAAGAAACAGAGGACCUAGGAUCACGAUCAAAUCAUGAGAAGCAACACCAAAGAUCACAAAAAGGUGAAAGUAUACAAGAAGAAGGAGUAAAAGAAGAAAUAACACAACAUAAAGGGGAAAAUAAAAAAACUGAACAGCAAAAAGAAGAUCCACAGGUCGUAGAUACAAAAAAAAUACAAAGUACACUAGAACAAAAAACUAUACCAAAUGCACCACAAACAGAAGAAUUACUUAAGACUGAAACUAGUAUUAUAAAAGAAACUGAAGAAGAAAAAGGAGAAGAAGAAGAUGAUGAAGAGGAAGAAGAAGAGGAAGAAGAAGAAGAAGAUGAUGAAGAGGAAGAAGAAGAGGAAGAAGAAGAAGAAUCAGAUGAAGAACCAGGUGAAGAAUCAGACGAAAAAUCGGGUGAAAAAUCAGAUGAAGAAGAUGACGAAUCAGAUGAAUAUGAAGAUGAAGAAUCAGAUGAAUAUGAAGAUGAAGAAUCAGAUGAAGAAGAAUUAUAUAAAGAACUAGAAGAAUUAGAUGAUGAAGAAUUAUAUAAAGAACUAGAAGAAUUAGAUGAUGAAGAAUUAUAUAAAGAAAUAGACGAAGAAUCAGAUGGUGAAGAAAUAGAAGAUAAAGAAGAUGAAAAUGAUAAUUUUGAUAUGGAUAGAACAGGUGAAAAUGAGGAUGAUGCACAUAAAUAUACAAAAGAUAAGCAAAUAGAAGAAGAAGACCCAUCAGAAUCAAAAAUUACAGAAAGGGAAAACCAAGAAAAUGAACAAACAGAAGAAUUAUCAGAUCAAACAGAACAAGGUAAUUCACAAGAUAGUGUUACACAACAACAAAAUCAAAAAGAAGAAAUAAAACCUCCAACAAAUGAUAG